ACAUAGAGGAAGAGGAAGUGUUGAAAAUGGAUAGUCUGAUUAGUACCUCAAUUUGUGGCAAUCCUAAUUCUUGAUUGACUCUAAUAUUCACAUAUGACUUUUUUAGAAGAAAGAACUGUUCAUACCCCUAAAUAAAAAAAGCCAAAAAAAUAAAGAGGAAAAAAAAUUCAACAGCUGGACUUCGGCUUUCCCUCGUAAGUCGCAAGUAGUAGGAAAGUAGGAGACUCCUUUCUUUCAUCACUCUCAGUCGCACCGCGCCAUAAACCCUUCACCCCGGCCACCGCCGCCGCUUCCCUCCAUCAGAGUCCACAGCAGAGGAGAUUACUCUGCCUCCUCCACCGUAACCGUCGUCACUCGGCUAUCACUCCUUCGCCUUCUCCGCCGCAGUUACAGUUCUCUGUUCUCCGGCAAAAUCCUCCGGCUGCCUUUGCUCGCUUGUUCCUCCACCACCACCUUCGUCUCCUUCGAUAGAAGGAACUUCGCCGGAGGUAAUACCCCUAAUCUAGACUCUCCCUCGCUUCCUUGUCGCUGUAAUUAAAAAUUCAUUGCACAGAAUAACGAAAUCCCCUUUGUUCCGAUUUCAUUAGACUGUUUUUAAGCACUGCCUUUCUUAAAUGGUUUGGUUGAGAAGUUUGGGUAGAGAUGGUUUGCAUAUCUGGCCGAAUUGAAUCCUGAAUUCUGUUUCUUUAGGAAGUAUUACGAGUAAAGUAUGAUUCUUUACAGGUUACAUUGUGCUGUUCAUUGUUUAUCCACCGAUGGCUGCUACAUCGUCUUCCUUCUCUUCCUGCUUGUUGAGCGAUCAUGGAAUCGCUGCCGGUGAUCCUGCAAAGUGCUAUACCGCUAAGCAAGCAGUGUCUGCAAAGUCACUGUCUAUGUCAUCUAGGCUAAGACAGUCCAUGGAGGCUAGUAGGCUUUCGUCGACUACUACGAGAGGUCCCGCUCGCUGCUGCAGUGCCGUGGAGACGAAGAUCAGUCCUUUGUUCACAUUAGGGAAGAAGUUCCAUCUCGAUGAUGUGAUCGAGGCGCAGCAAUUUGAUAGGGAUACUCUCAAUGCUAUAUUUGAAGUUGCUAGGGAGAUGGAAGAGAUUGAGAUGAAUCCAUCCGGAAGCCAAAUUCUCAAGGGGUUUAUUAUGGCUACCCUUUUUUACGAGCCUUCUACUCGUACUCGGCUGUCUUUUGAAUGUGCGAUGAAGAGGCUCGGCGGGGAAGUUUUGACGACCGAGAAUGCCAGAGAGUUUUCUUCGGCUGCCAAGGGGGAGACACUUGAAGAUACGAUUCGGACAGUUGAAGGGUAUUCGGAUAUCAUUGUGCUGCGUCAUUUUGAAAGUGGUGCUACGAGGAGAGCAGCUGCAACAGCUAGCAUUCCGGUCAUCAAUGCAGGGGAUGGUCCUGGACAGCAUCCUACCCAGGCCCUUUUGGAUAUCUACACUAUUGACAGAGAGAUCAGCAAAUUGGAUGGUAUCAAAGUGGCACUUGUGGGAGAUCUUGCUAACGGAAGGACAGUUCGAUCACUUGCAUAUUUACUUGCAAAAUAUAAAGACGUGAAGAUCUAUUUUGUCUCCCCUGAGGUGGUGAAGAUGAAGGACGACAUAAAGGAUUAUCUAACAUCCGAGGGGGUAGAAUGGGAAGAGAGCGCCGACUUAAUCGACGUGGCAUCCAAAUGUGACGUCGUGUAUCAAACUCGAAUUCAGAAAGAACGCUUUGGAGAGAGAACUGAUCUCUAUGAAGAAGCUCGUGGGAAGUAUAUAGUAGACAGUGAUGUGCUGGAUGUGAUGCAGAAGCAUGCUGUUGUCAUGCACCCUCUCCCACGGCUUGACGAGAUAACUGUGGAUGUCGAUUUGGAUCCUAGAGCUGCGUAUUUCAGACAAGCCAAGAACGGGCUCUAUAUUCGUAUGGCUCUUCUGAAGCUUCUACUGGUUGGGUGGUGAACACUGAUUGCCUGAAUGCCUGUGGUGUCUUACUGAGUCGGAUUCCUUGGAAAAUUCUGUUGCAUUUCGUUUGCCUGAUCUGGUUUUGUAGAGGAAUUGAUGGAACCAGUAGUUCUUUCAGUUUUGUUCCUUUAUUUAUAGAUAAGAUCUUGAGUGUUGUAAGGUGAAUCAAAUUAUUGGAACGCUUUAAUCCUUUAUAGAUAACAUCUCAAACAUUUGGGUCAAAAUCGAAGAUCAUGAUUUUGUCUUGUUUUUUAAUGAAAAAACAUGCACAAAAGGGUGGCUUAACAUAUAUUGUUAGCCAUGGGAGACUCAAUCACCCGAUAAAUGUAUGAAAAAAUCAAACAUAACGUAUCAUUCCCAACACAAGUGAGUAUGACAAAGAAGUAAAACGGAAUUUGUUGUCUACUAUUAACUAGGGCUGGUAAUUUGGUCAAGGACUGUUUGGUUUUACCCGAAAUCGGACCAUAUAACCCGGAUCGGGAUCGGACUGGAACAAGAUAGCAAACAAUCCAUUCUCAUAUUCGGGGUUAGAUUUAAGGUAAAAAAAACCCGGAUAAAGACCGGAUAAGAGACCCCAACACUCAAAUCCCCACAAGCUCAAUCUAAAAUCAAAAUCAAAUUGGGACAAUCUAAAAUCAAAAUCAAAUUGGGACUGGACCGGGUCAAGACCGGACCAGAUCAAGACCAGAGUGUAUCCAAUCCAAUCUUUGGUCCUUAUAUUCUCGAAAAGACCGGACUGGGACCGGAUCAAUUUGGUCCAAUUUAACCGGACCGGACCGUAUAGCCACCCCUACUAUUAACAUUGUUUAUAAAGCUUGUUUAAUUAAAAUAUUUGUUUUUUUAAUCUACGUAAACAUGAAAUAUAAUAUUGUUUUGAAGAGACUGAAUCAUCACCAAAAUGUUAGGUUAGUGCUAUCUGCUGACUUCAGUUCCACGUAAACUGAAUUAAUUAAAGUGAAUAUUCGAUCCAUGAUGAUAAUGAUGGUUAGCAUGUUCCACCUUAUUAAAAGAGAAAAAGAGAAUUAAUAAGCUGGAAAUUAAGUAAAGUGAACACACAAAAGAAGGGUUACAAGGUGCCCUUGAAAAAUAAAAUAGUGCCUGAUAAGCACAACAAGUCAAAGGCUAUAAGAAAGAUGGAUAUGUAAGUGGAUCUUUACUAUGAUAAGUGGGGUGGAAUAUUCAUGAAAAGUUGAUGAUAUAUGCUCUCACAUUUACAUCAUUAAAUAAAUCAAGAGUUUGAAUGUUUAUUUAUUUCUCACUUUUCUUCUUUCUAUCUAGUUAAUAUGAACGCUACUAACGGAUCAUUGUAGGAUCUCAAUUGUUAUACAUACAAAAUAACUAUGAAAGUCAAGCACUUCGUCUCCAGUCUUAGGAGUUCGCAUAUUAAUCUUUGUUUGUUCUCUUUGAGUUCUGGUUGCUUUGUCCGACUUCUUUUUUUGGGUUUUCGUUCUCAUGUAUGUAUAUGAAUUCGUUUUGUUGUAUUUUCUCAUGUUUUUUUUUGUUGGUAAUGAAGUUCAUCAUUCAUAAAAAAAAAUAUACUGAAAAUCAAUAUGCAUACUUCUGAUAGUCAAGAGUUAGAGCACAAAUAGAAUCAUUCGACUAAUCAAACUCUAUGAUACUC